AUGGCUUCCAUCACAACUGACGCCAUAGACUUCACACUCAUGGCUAAGGCUCAGCGAUCGGAUGACGAGCCCUCCCAAUACCGCCACGAGGACUCUUCUUUACGCCUUCAAGAUGUCCUCCUUCCCACUGGCACUGGCACCAUAACGUGUGAUCUUUCUACCGGACAUGAACGUCCCUUUGUCCCUGCAACUUUACGACGACAAGUGUUCAACGCCCUUCACAAUCUAUCCCACCCUGGAGUCCGGGCGACAGUGAAACUCAUCACUGACCGAUUCGUCUGGCCCAACAUCAACCGGGAUGUACGGCGUUGGACCCGAUCCUGUCUGUCAUGUCAGCGAGCCAAAACGCAUCGGCAUACUAUUACUCCACCAGGUACUUUCGCAACUCCUGAUGCACGCUUUAGUCAUGUGCAUAUUGACCUGGUAGGUCCGCUGCCACCAUCUAACGGUUCUACCUAUAUGCUGACAUGCAUUGAUCGCUUUCCUCGGUUGCCGGUUGCUGCGCCCAUUCCGGACAUCAGUGCUGAAACCGUUGCGAAAGCUUUCUUGACUCAUUGGGUGUCCAAUUUUGGAGUUCCUGCGACUGUCACCACUGACCGCGGAUCCAAAUUCGAGUCCAAGCUGUUUCGCGAACUCACAUGCCUUCUCGGUACCAACCGAAUCCGAACAACAGCGUACCACCCUCAAGCAAAUGGUCUCGUCGAACGCUUCCAUCGACAGCUCAAGACUUCCUUUAUGGCUCAGCCCGAUCCUUCCCGAUGGUCUGAUCACCUUCCCCUGGUGCUGUUGUCCCUCCGUUCCACUCUCAAGGCCGACAUCGGUUGCACUGCGGCUGAUCUUGUCUACGGAACCUCCCUACGACUGCCCGGUGAGUUAGCGUCUCCCUCAAACAUGCUAACGUUUUUCGAGUCUUGCAGUUAUGUGGAGCAGCUGCGUAGUGUCAUGCGCAAUCUCCGCGCAACGCCCCCUCGGGCGUCACCGGCCAAUUCCUUCAUCCCUCCCGACCUGGAUAAGUGCGAUUUCGUCUUGGGUCGGCAUGGCGCUGUCCGACGACCACUCCAACCACCCUACGACGGGCCGUAUAAAGUCCUUCGUCAAUCUGACAAAGAUGUCAUCGACCGCAACGGCAAGACCGACACAGUCUGCAUUGAUCGCGUCAAGCCAGCCUACAUCGACGACAGUGACCUUUCCCCACACCAACACUGUACUUCGCCGCAAACAGUGCUGCCUCCACCUACUGGCGACAGUCCCCCUCCGGUUCGCCACGCCCGAUCUGGCCGUCACGUCCACUGGCCAGACAGGUUUGUGGCUGGCUAG